GAUUAAAACCGGCGUCCGUUCUUGACUAAGCUGCACACCUCGGAAUGGAGGGCUAUCUUGACUGGGUAACACGCAAAGACCCCGACACCAUUGGUGGCAAGUAUGAGCUUGGUGGUUUGGCCUGGCACUCACUCCAGGGGUCGCAUGAUGUCUGGGGUUCAAUGUCCGCUAAAUUGGAUCGGUCCCGUUUGAGUGCUCUCAGUGUGCUGCUCCAGAGAGGAAUUCGACCGGAUGCCAUCAUACAGACUGAGCGCAAUUCCGGAGGAACGGCACUCAGCCUCUGGGAAGUUUUCAUUGCCAAGAUUACUUCCUGCGCUCCACCUCAUAGACCAGACCGGCACGCAGAGCGUAAGACUAUCCAGGAGUUUCUGGAGAAUGGGGCAAAUGCGGAUAUCCACAUCGCCAUCCAUGGAAAGCUUGCGCAUGUUUCUGGGAGCCACGAAUGGGAGCCUGAGCUCGCAAAUCUGAGCAAGAAUGGAGCGUGGAGCGCUGGAAACAACAAGCUGCCAGUAAACAGCGACGUCUUCCAAAAUCAAAACGGGGAAUUGCCAGACCAGCCUGGAGGCUUGUAUUCGGGCAGGGCCCAGGAGAUCCUAAGGCGGUUCCUGUCUGACUCGAGUGAAAUCGACUACAGCGAUGAAGGCAUCCGCCACUACAACUUGUUCGCUUCAAAGGGAGGCAGAAUCUCCUUCGAGGACUGGGUCGAGUACUACGACUUCGGAAACAAGGAAAACAAUUCUUGCGCUUUGUGCUCGAAACAAGCGUGCUUCAGCACCAGCACCGCCGCCAACCUUCACAGCAGAGAUGGAUGCCCGGUGGGACGCCCCUGA